AUGGCUUCAGAUUCUGAGUGGGCGGAGAAGAAAGAGAAAAUUCUUAAAGAUUUGAAAAAAGUGGAAGAAGAGAUCGAAAAGACCGAGACCGCAGUGAAGCUGAAGAGAAUUCAGAAAAAGGAGCUCGAAGACAACAUCGCCAAUCCUGCCAAUCCAAACGAUAAGAUCAAGGAAGACGUGAACGAAGAGGAAGAUCUUGAGCCCUGGCAAGAGAUCUACGCGGCAAAUCGGAGACAAUCAGCAAAAUCACAUAACAAGGGCUCAGCAUUUCUGAACCCAGCGUUGACAGAAACUGGUCUCGGUUUUAGAGGUACUCUUCCGCAAAUGAACCAACCCUUCGACAGCGAGCGUAUCCAGCAGCUCAAGGUGCAGAUGAAAGAACACCAGCCCCGUCUUCUAGCCUACCUCUCCCGUAAGAAGCGCCUCGAGAAGCAGCGUGACAACAUCAUGUCGAAAAAGUACGACGAGGACUUGAAAAAGUGGAACGAAACGACGGAGAGAAAGAUGAAUACAAUCAAGGCGCGUGCGAUGGCACAACGUCACCGAGAAUGCUUCGAAAAGAUUUUCCCAGAGUUGAAAAAGCAGCGUGAGAAUCAGGAGCGUCUCAAGCGCACGGCUAAUCGCGAAUCUGCCCGCUCCGAGGCGGAAAUGAACGAAGUCUUAGAGAGCUUGCAAGCCAACGCGAACAGGAUGAAAAAGAUGAAGCAACAAGCGGUCGUCGUCCCUCGAUUACUGGACGCGAAUGAGCGGCGAUUCCAAGUUGUCGACACAACUGGUCGAAUUGAUGAUCCGGUUGAGCUGUACAGGCACACAUGCAAGGACAACCCAGUCUGGACGGACAAGGAAAAGGCCGCCUUCAAACGGGAAUACAUUAAUCACCCGAAACAGUGGCACAUCAUUUCCAGUUUGAUUCCGGGAGGAAAGAAGACUGUGUCCGACUGCGUCAAGCACUACUACUCGUCCAAGAUCCAAGAGCAGUACAAAAAAGCAUGUUCGUGCGUCGAAACGCAAGCCAGCGCCUGGCAGACAUCCGAAAAAGCGAGCAGAUCCAGCUCUUGCCCAAGGAGCCGAAGAAACGCAGCUGACAACAACCAAGACUCGUUUUGGGCGCAAAACAGCAGUUUGGAAAGAAGAGGAAAUCGAAGCAUACAAAAACGCUCUGCGCGAAUACGGAGAGGACUGGGAAAAGAUCUCCGAAGCUCUGUCUCUGUCGGCACUUGCCGAAAGUACAAACUCAAAGAUAUACUCAAAGAGCACUUGGCAAAAAAAGUCAAAGACGAAGUCAAAGCUGAGCCGGAGGAGAAAUUCGAAGACAAAAAGGUUAAAGACGAGCCAAAUUCGCCACCAAAAGGAGCGAAUUCUUCACCUGCUCAGGUGCCUGGAACUCCUCCAACUGCUUCGCAAAAAGAGGGCUCCCCUGUGGUAGCAACAGCAAAAGCCAACUCCGUCUCACCAAAAGCCCUUGAGCUGCUUUUACCAGCAGGCGUUGCUCCACCUUCGAGUUCAACGAUAAACAAGUCCGAAUCGCCCAAAGCCGCCAGUGUUUCGUCCCCUUGGACGCCCGGUAAGCCGGGCUCGAGGCCUACGACGCCUGUUGCCUCGCGAGUCGGUUCUGCCGCCGUAUCGCCAAUCGUUUUGCCAGUCCCACUCAAUGUCGCUGCAAUACCCUCUCGUCCUUCAACUCCAAGCCAAAAGCCUGCCCAGUUGCAAGAUAUCAAAGUUCCAAGCGUCGAGGAAGAUAAAUCCUCCAUCCAGCCAGUGCCAAGUUCCACCCCUGCUCCUAAUUUAUUCAAGCCACAGCAGUCGAUGAUCGGAAAUCCGAGCCCCCGAACCGGCGUUCCUUCGGUCCUCGUUGGUUUACAGCAGCAGAAGGCAUCCCAGAAGACUCCGAUCCGCGGACAGCCAGGAGGCACUCCAGAAGUUCUUUACCAGCAAUUCUUCUCCCCAUAUUCCGUCCAGCAAUACCCAGCAUCCGCUUUUAUCCGUGGCGUAAUUCCAUCUCCACAACAGUUUCUCUCCCAGCGCAUCGCGCCGCGUAACGCAGUUUCCGAAGCGCAAGCGCCACAAGCACAACAGCAAUCUCACCGGGUACUCGAUUUCGCUGAUAGUUCUAGCGCCAGUUCUGCAAGCCAAAGUCAGCAAAAUGCCACAUCCCAGCCCUACUCAGUCGAGUCACUCAUCACGCCACGACAAAGAAUCGCUCCAAAGACAUCUGACGCUGACUUUCCCGGUCAACGCAUCAUGCCAAGACCUGAAGCGGCCGAAAAUCCACCUGGACAUUCUCUCUUUCGUCAAGAACUGUAUCCAGUGCAGCCGAAAGUGGUGAAGCCUAUGAACGAGUGUCCGCUUCAGAUGCUUGCGCAAGCGGCUGAGGAUGCUGGAAAAGCGGAAAGUGCAAAGAAGGAAAAGAAACGCAAAGAAGAGGCGGAAAAACGCGCCAUCGAGCAAGCGAAAAAAAGAAAAAGAGCUUCAGAAUCUGGAGAAACAGCUAAUCAAACAGGAGCAGGAAAGGAGGAUGGAGGAAGCGAUGAAAGCAGAACAGGCAAGACAAGCAGAAAUCCGUCGCCAAAAGAUGGAAGAAGCUCCCCUUUGGAGCAAAAGCGCCGCGAACAAAAAGAAGCGGAAGAGCAAAAACGCCGAAAACUCGAGGAAGAAGAGGCGAAACGCAGAAGACGCGAAAAAGAAGAACGCGAAGAACUUGAGCGUCAGAAACUCCAGCAAAAACAGCAAGAAGAGGAGGCUAGAAAGGCUAAAGAAGCUGCGGAGCUUGCUAGGAAACUCGAAAAAGAAGCUGGAGAGAAGAGAAAUGCUGAAGCUAAAGCUCUUCUUGAGGCCCAAAAGAAAGAAAAAGCCAAAAAGGAAGCUUUGGAAAAAGCAAAGCGCGAAGCUCUUCAACAAAUCGAGGCAGAUGAGCGAAAAAGCAUCGAGCGAGCAAGACGAGAAAAGGAACGAGAAGCAGCGAAAGAUCGCGAAGCCGCUAAAGUCCGUGCUGCAAAAGAAGCCGAGAUUGCAAAACAAAUGGAAUCGACGAAGGAAAAGGCUGAUGUUGAAACUGACUUUGUGAAUCUUCUCUAUCAGAAACCAGCUUCCAGCAAUCAAGAAGUAAAGAUCAAUAUUCCUCCUUCUUUCGAGCUUAAACGACGCAAUUCCGAUACGUUACAGGCUGGAUCCUCUGCCUCUCCUGUAGUAAAUUUUAUAAAAGACAUCCCUGGAAAACCGCCGCCAGAUUCUUUCCCCAAGCAACCACCGGAUAAAGAACCCGAUAAAAAUGAUGAGGAAGAAGCAAAACUCCCACCUCCAGAGAAAAAGGCGCGAAUGAAAAGCCCAAGCCCACCACCGACUUCAACUCCCGACGAAAAUAUCCCUGUAGAACGAGUACACACACCAGAAAUGCCCACAGAGUCCACUCCUGAGGUACCACCAAAGGAGAUAGAGACUCCAGAUGACAGCUCGUCAAAAAACUUACGGGAAGUCACGAAGUCUGGUGACGGGUCCCAGGGCAGCGCGUCUCCUGCUGCUGCUGUCUCGGAACCAAUUAGAUCACCGACACCAGCUGUUACACCACCGCCAGCGAUUACUUACGGUAGUCAUCUCACCGAGGCUCAGCAGCAGAGUCAAACGAUUGUCAAAAUGGAGCCCGAUAGCGAAGGCUACGGCGACUACGGCGGAAGCAAUAAUUACGAUUCUUGUGGCAAUUUCCUUGCCGAAGAGACCGCAAUUAUUGAUCUGCUGUGCGAAACGUCGUCUAGCGAAGAUGAAGAGCCCGCUUACUUCGGAUCUGAUACGCCAGAUCUUACCUUCAGCCCUGUUAACGAAGAGGUCAUCGAUGACGAGGACGACGACGAGCCUCUCGAUCUCCUUCUCGGUAAAAGAGCUGAAGAAGAAGCUUCUGAAUCAGAGUCCGAGGCAGAAGCCGAGCCGGUGACUCCUGAACCACGAACUCCCGAGCCAAGACCUUCGGACGAGUCUGACAAUCGAAUUGAAACCACUCAAAACGCAGAAACGACCCUAACUGACCCAGAACAAGAAAAUGAAUCACCCGUACCCGAAUCAACGAACCUAUCAUGUGACAAUAAUUCCAGUGCAAUCAACUCCCCCUCUCAGCUGUCAAAAAACGUCUCCCGCGAUGAUUCCUCAGGGGAGGGCGACGAUCAAACCUCGUCGCCUCGACCCGGAAAAGCUGCAUCGGAUGCAAACUAUGUCUUGAAUCUAUUAGCAGAUGCAGCUUUGGGGAACCAUCACCCGCCGACAACAUCAAAUGAAACAAAUAGUCCUUCCAAAGAAAAUAUUACAUUAACAAACGACACUCAUUCUGACGAUGGUAAUUCUUCAGAAACUACUUUAGCGAUAGAUGACGAUACAAAAAUUGCUACAAGGAAAGAACGUUCAAUGGAAAAUAAAGCACCGACAAAAAUCGGUCUUGAAAACGUGGCUGAAGAAGCGAGUCCGAUGGACUCAAAAACUGAUCCUCCCAGUGUUGAUCCCGCAAAAAUCAAUACUGUAAACGAGUCCAGCAGUGAUGGUAAACAUAAGAUCGCCAAUAUUGUCGAAUCCGAUCCAGGCGUGGAACUUACUCAACAAAAACUAGAAGUCUGCCCUCCGGACAAUACGUCAGAAACCUCCAUUACUAACUCGGAGGGUCAGCUACACGCAUCUUCGAAGCUCUCAUGUGACGAAGACAAGAACAAGCUACUAUCAGUGGAGAACAACACCGAUAAUCAACUUGAACUUCAAAGUACCAGUGAACUUAAAAAUCGUAAUUCUCCAGUAGAGGAAUUCAAAGUCCCAUUGACUCCUAUUUUCGUUAAAGAGAAAACAUCCUUGGACCGCCCAACUGCUACUAUAUCUACAGUGCAAAGCGCAGCCAAUCAACAUAAAAUUCUUGAACAAACAAAAGGCUCCUCUGUAUCGGAAGACACUACGCCAUCCUCACUGAGUGGAGCCCUCCUCGCUAAUAAAACCCAAGAAGAUAAUCGCACGCCCGCUCUUUCCCAAGUUCAAGAACCCAAAACGGCCAGCCAGAAAACAGAGAAGCCAAGUGAGCGCGUCAAUCUUGAGCGUGAAGUCACUCAAUCCAAACGACCAGCCAACCAAAAUGCUUCGCUUUCAGAUGAGUCGACUGUGAAUAAAACUGAUACAAUGGAACAGCUAGAAGUUGAUGAAAGCUGUUUAGAGAACCCAAAGCUCGGCUUGAAACAGCAAGAGCCUGGUAGCUUUGAGCUCACUUUUAGCUUCUCUGAAAGUGAUCGGGAAUCAAUUGAUUCGCGCCCGGGAAGUGUCCUAUCUUCUCCAGCGCCUCAUAGAUAUCCUCAAUCUGUUGCUUCUUCCGAUGCAGAGAUGCCUUCCCUAGAGAUAGUCCCAAAGGACCUUCUCCAGACAGAGGAUGAGGAAGUCUCCAGCGCAGAAAAUAUCGAUCCAGAUAGCUUAUUUUCGAGGACAAAGAAAGUAUCCGAAACCGAAAAUGACGCAGAUGACGAAAAAGAGGAAGAUCUUGACGAUACAAUUUGUGCUGACGAAACCAUUCUGGAGGCUGACACGACAAUCACUGAGACAUCGGAUGCUUUUGAGCAAAAAGAGUCUGAAAAAGAAGAACCUCGAGAAUCGGAAAUACCGGAGAAAGCUUCCGCUGAAAAUAAUGAAAUCUCCCUGUCAAAACAGACGAUUGUUAUCCCUGAAACUCAUGAGAAAGUACAUACCACUUCCGAGAAGGUAGAAAUUCCAGAAAAACUCAAUCCUGAAAUAAAGAAACAAGAAGAAAAAGAUCAGAAAGAACCUGAACAAAAUGAACAACGAAAUACUGAGACAACAUCGAAAACUAAUGAAGUGGACUGCACUAGCUCAAAUCCUGACAAAAAGAGUAGCGUCGUACCACCUCCACCAACUACCGAGAAAGACAUAGUGCCUGUUUUAACUCCGACAAAUUCCCGAGGAGAACAGACGCAGGGGCAGCCAGUACCUAAAAUCAUCAGGGUACCUCCUAGCGGUCCAAAUCCCGUAGAUCAAGUAAAACCAGCUGAGAAAAGUGCGAGUAAGGUCAAGGCAACAAAAACAUUCAUGCCUCCAGUUGGUUUUACCCCCUCCUUCUCACAGACAGUAAAAAGAAAACUCAAUAUACCUGAUAAGGAGCAAUCUGUUCCCUUGGGGCCGGCAAGGAAGAAAAUGCGUGUGCCUCUUUCCCAGCAACCAAAAACUAUCACACAACCGCGGGUUCAAAUCAAUCCUGUCACUGAUUACUCGCAAUUUGUGCAGACCAAUGCUAUUUAUCAAAAGCCUCAAAGUCGAUAUGUGAAGCUACAGCCAGCACCGCCCACUUCUAGUGCUUCGAUGGCGUCUUUUUCGGAAGAACGGCUUCAACUUGAACGCCAGCGACAGCUUGAACAGCUAGAACUAAAGCACCUAGAAGAACGCCGCCGACUAGAGGCGAAUUUCAAGAAUGCUCCGCUUAGAAGAACAUCCACGAGCCCGUUGACGAUUGUAGCGGAUCCGAAUCGCCAGAGGAGGGUUGCUUAUUCGACUGAGCAGCAAAGAGUACACGCGAAUCCAGCAAGACCGAGCAUUGUCCAGCCACAGCUGAAUUUACGCCGGCCUGUGAUGGAGCAACCCAUCAGACCACGACUCGCGCAAAACAUCCAAAAUAUUCAACCAAGACCACCUAUCGACCCAAGCCGACAUUUCCGUCCCGUCCAACAGCCUGUUGCCCCAAGACCGAAACAGCAAAUACGGUGCACGCUGGAUGUAAAACUCACGAAUAAGGGCUUCCAAACUUUAUCGAGGACGACUCCUUCGCCAACGGGGUCAAAUGUCGGUUCCUUCGCCGAUGAAGCCGCUCAUGUACUCAAUGCUGUUGUGCGAGAGCUCCAGAAAAACAACUCGGAUGAGGUUUUGUCCAAUGAGCUUGUGACCAUCAUUGGCUUCGACUACAUUGAUAUCAUUCCUGAAAUUGUCAAGAACAAGUCUCGUAUUGUUUCCGAAGCUAUCAAACUAUCCGGUGCUUUUGCUACUACUGAUCGGGUUCUCAGAGAUCCAGGAAUGGUUCAAACAACCUCUGAAAAACGACUUCGGAAGAUGAUCCAAAAGGACAAAAAGCGAGAAAAGAAGCAGCAAACGAAGGCGAAUAAAGGCGGAACAAAUUAUGAAGAAGAUAAUGACAGCAUCUUAGACGUAGAAGCACUCAGAGAGCAGAGAAUGGCGCAAAUGGUCGAAGAUGCUACCCGAACAGCGCGAUUCGCACAGAUGGCGGAAAUGGCGCGGAAGAAUCCGAUCUUCAUCACUGGAAAAUCAUUGGUUCUACCUGAGGGAACUGAGCGAAUAGAUCUGAACGAAUAUGAAGAAAUCAAAAUUCCGAAUGAAGGGAAUAAGCUCCCACCAGAAGUAGCGAAGCAGUAUCCUAGAAUACCGAUUGCGAAGUUGGACAAAGUGUCCAAGCUCGUUUUUAACGGGAUGGAAUCGCUAAAUAAUCUUCAAUCAAUCGUCUUUGACGCUGCAUCGAAUACGAAUGAGAACCUUCUGGUAGCGGCGCCAACUGGUGCUGGUAAGACAAAUGUUGCCAUGUUGACUGUGUUGAAUGUGAUCAGACAAAACAUCAACGAGGUUGGAACGCUCAAGCUUAAAGACUUCAAGAUCAUCUACGUCGCGCCUAUGAAAGCGCUUGCUGCAGAAGUCACGGAGAAAUUUCAGAGUAAACUUCAAUGCUUGGGCAUAAAAGUCCGCGAAUACACUGGAGACAUGAAUUUGACGAAAAAGGAAAUUGAAGAGACGCAAAUGCUUGUCACAACUCCCGAAAAGUGGGAUGUGUUGACACGAAAGCGACUGCAAGAUGUAGAACUUAUGUCUAAGAUCAAACUGUUAAUUCUUGACGAAAUUCACUUGCUCCAGGACUCUCGAGGUGCUGUUCUUGAAGCGCUUGUGGCAAGAACUCUGCGACUUGUUAAUACAUCACAGCAAAUGAUACGAAUAGUCGGCUUGAGUGCUACCCUUCCCAACUAUGUCGAUGUGGCAAAGUUUUUGCGAGUGAAUCUUGACAAAGGACUUUUCUUCUUUGAUGGGCGAUUUCGUCCGGUGCCUCUUGAUACGCGAUAUAUUGGCGUGAAAGCAAAGGGUGGUCGUUUUGCACAGCUCAAUGUCAUGGACCAACAAGCUUAUAAAAUCGCCUUGCAGCAUAUAAGAAACGGCAAACAAGUCAUGAUUUUUGUCCACUCCCGUGGAGCGACAGCUAAGACCUGUGAAAGUCUAAUGGAACAGGCUUCACAAGAGGGCACCCGCCGGGAAUUCGAACCUGACCCCGAUCAUCAUCGAUACAACGACCUCAGCCGCCGAGUUAAGAAUGCCAGGAGCAAAGAAGUUUCGAAGUUCUUUCAGUACGGAUUCGGCUGUCAUCACGCUGGAAUGAUUCGAUCCGAUCGUUCCCUUACUGAAAAACUGUUUGAGCAAGGUCUUAUUCGCGUUCUUUGCUGUACAUCUACCCUCGCUUGGGGUGUUAACUUGCCCGCAUAUGCUGUAGUCAUCAAAGGAACAGAAAUUUACGUUGAUGGAAGAUACAUUGACUUAUCAAUUCUUGACGUGCAGCAGAUCUUUGGUCGAGCUGGAAGGCCUCAAUUCGAUACUUCCGGAGAAGCCACAAUUAUCACCACCCAUGAUAAAUUGGUGCACUACGUCUCUUUGAUGAUCCGUGCCGCGCCGAUUGAAUCCCAAUUCCUUUCGAAGAUCACUGACAACUUGAACGCAGAGAUCGCCUCUGGCUCUGUGGCUAACGUAGACGACGCUGUUCGCUGGCUUUCCUACACUUACCUCGACAUACGAAUAACAAAGAAUCCUUUUCAUUACGGACUAAAUCGUGAACAGAUAUCCGAUCUGGGUGGAAUCCACGAAGUCAAGAGAAAAUUCAUCAUCGACGCGGCUAAUGAGCUCGAUCGAGCAAAAAUGGUCAGAUACAAUCCAAGUACUCAGACUUUAGCAGCUUGCGAUCUCGGCAGAACAGCAUCUCAUUUUUAUAUCCGUCACGAUUCUGUACAAAUAUACAAUUCUGGAAUCGACAAAACAGCAAGCAUCUCCGUCAUGUAUUUGUUGGAUUUGAUUGCUAACAAGUACAAAGUCGUCGGUGGAGUUGAAAAUACCGCUGGAAAAGUCAACUGUCUCAUUCAAGCUUAUUUAAAUGGAUCAUAUGCUCGUGUUUCGAGUCUCAACUCAGACUUAAACUACAUCGACCAGAACUUGUCAAGAAUCGCAAGAGGUUUAUUUGAAAUUGUCAGAAAAUAUGGCAUGUGUCAUUUAACGAAUGAGCUUCACAAGAUGUGCCUUGGAAUGGAGAACAAGAUGUGGUGGACUUGGCACCCUUUUUACCAGUUCAAGACAUUCGUGAAUAAGGAUACCAAUCGUCCAGCAAUGGACAAAAUUGAACGGAAAAAUCUUACGCUCGAAAAGAUUCGCGAUAUGCCAAAAAAAGAGAUCGGACAAUUGGUGAAUAACAUGAAGAUCGCAGAGUUUAUCAAGAAGAUGGCCAAUAAGAUUCCGAGGAUAGAAAUCGAAGCCGAUGUUCAACCAAUUACCCGAACUAUCGUUCGUGUCGUGCUCAAGAUCAACAUCGAUAUGGUGAUGAAUGAAGGAAAUGGAGGAGAGCCAUUCUGGGUUUGGGUCGAAGAUCCAGACAAUGAUCGGAUUUACCACAAUGAGAGCUUCAUGGUCACUAGAAAAACUGUUCUCAGCCAGACUCCUAUCGAUAUUAACUUCACUGUGGCUCUUCCAGAGAAGAUCCCAUCUGCGUAUUUGAUCAAAGUUGUGUCUGAUCGAUGGCUUGGAGCUUCAGAAACCUGCGCGAUUGAUCUCCGAGGCUUGAUCGUCGCUGAGCUGCAUCCUGCUCACACGGAGCUUCUCGAUAUUCAACCUAUUCCAGUCACAGCGCUGAACAACCCAGAUUAUGAGUCGUUGUAUUCGUUUUCUCAUUUCAACCCGAUACAGACUCAAGUUUUCCACUGUUUGUAUCACCACGAUAGCAACGCUUUAAUCGGUGCUCCAACUGGUUCCGGAAAAACUGCCUGUGCCGAGUUGAGCAUGCUUAAAGUCUUCCGGGACUAUCCCAGCGGAAAGUGCGUCUACAUCGCGCCACUGAAAGCUCUUGUCAAAGAACGAAUGGAUGAUUGGACCAAGAAACUUGGAGGAAAACUUGGCAAGAAACUUGUUGAGAUGACUGGUGAUAUUGCUCCAGAUCAAAAAGCGAUUGUCAGCGCUGACAUCAUCAUUACAACGCCUGAGAAAUGGGACGGUAUCUCUCGUUCUUGGCAAACUCGAAAGUAUGUUCGAGAUGUGCGGCUCAUCGUCAUUGAUGAAAUCCACAUGCUCGGUGAGGAUCGAGGUCCUGUUCUUGAAUCGAUUGUGACACGAACCAAUUUCAUCUCCGCACAAACAAAGGCUAACCUGCGAAUCGUGGGUCUUUCCACUGCUCUCGCCAAUGCUCGCGAUUUAGCUGAUUGGUUAGGAAUCAAGAACUUUGGUCUUUAUAACUUCAAGCCUUCGGUUCGACCAGUUCCAAUGAGAAUUCAUGUUCAAGGCUUCCCCGGAAAGCAUUAUUGCCCGCGCAUGGCUCUCAUGAACAAGCCUGCGUAUCAGGCAAUUCAAGAGCACUCACCGACAAAACCAGUGAUCAUAUUCGUUUCAUCUCGUAGACAAACUCGUCUGACAGCCCUUUCUUUGAUCUCUUUGCUUGCUGGAAAUGAAAAUCCAAAAGCAUGGAUAAACUACGAUUUAAUCAACGAGCUUGAGUUGGACGCACUUAUUGACCGAAUCAAAGAUGUCAAUCUCCGUCACACACUAGAAUUCGGCAUCGGAAUGCAUCAUGCUGGUCUCGUUGAGAGUGAUAGAAGAAUCGUGGAAAAUUUGUUCCGAGAUCGCAAAAUUCAAAUCCUGAUCGCUACAGCUACACUUGCAUGGGGUGUUAAUUUACCAGCGCACAUGGUUAUUGUUAAAGGAACAGAGCAUUUCGAUGGAAAACAGAGAAAAUUUGUUGAUGUUGGAAUAACCGAUGUUCUACAGAUGGUCGGGCGAGCUGGGCGGCCACAAUAUGAUAACGAAGCAGUAGCAUGCGUCUUUAUUCACGAUAUAAAAAAGAACUACUACAAGAAAUUUAUCUACGAACCAUUCCCGGUCGAAAGCAACUUACUUGGAGUCCUACCAGAUCACUUGAAUGCUGAAAUUGUCGCUGGAACAGUCAAAUCGAAGCAAGAUGCGAUGAACUACUUAACCUGGACGUAUUUCUUCAGAAGAUUGUUGAUGAAUCCAAACUAUUACCAGCUAGACACACUUGAAGGAGAAGCUAUCAAUGAAUUCCUAUCUGAACUUGUAGAAAAGACGAUUGGAGAGCUAGAACGCUCUGGUGUUGUAGAGGUUGAUGAAGAAGACAACAAUCUUCUCUUUGCCACAAGUCUCGGUCAACUGGCCUCGUAUUACUAUCUCCGGCACGAAACAGCCCGACAUUUCUGCAUGAAAUUCAAUAAGAACAUGUCGUCCGAAGAUCUCUUGGAGCUUCUUACAGAAGCAACGGAAUUUUCAGAACUUCCUGUUCGUCACAAUGAAGAUCAAGAAAAUGAGCAUCUUGCCAAACAAGUUCCUAUCCAAGUUGAUCCGCGACAUUACGAAAGGCCGGAAAUAAAGACGCAUCUUUUGCUACAAGUUCACAUGAAUCGAGGAACUUUGCCAAGCUCAGAUUACUUGUUAGAUACAAAGACUGUGAUGGACAACGCUGCUCGUGUGAUGCAAGCUAUGAUCGACAUCUCUGCGGAACUUGGAUAUCUGGCCAACUGUAUCCGAGUCAUUCGAAUUUUACAAGGAAUAUCACAAGGACGCUGGCCCGGCGAUGAUCCCUUUACGGCUAUUCCGAACGUUGACCAGAAGAAAGCCGAUUAUCUCAAAUCAAAGAUGAGAAUCAAAUGCAUGGGGGAGCUCGUCUUCAAGAAGCCUCAUGAGAAGACCAAUAUCUUGGAGACUAUUGGCCUCCAAGGCAAAGACUUGCACAAGGCGGACGAAUAUCUGAAGGGACUACCAGCGAUAAAAUGCAAAUUUGGUAUUGGAACUGAUACAGAGGAAGAAUUCGUAAAAAUUCCAGAUGAUUACUUCAAGGGCAAUCUUCGCGACGAGAAAAGCUGGAUAAAACUCCCGGCCGCCGAAGAGUUCGUUUUGCAAGUGAAUCUAACCUGCCUUCAGCGUGGAAAAACCAUUUACGCCCAGACUCCUCGCUAUCCUAAGCCAAAGCUGGAAGGUUGGUUCAUCAUCAUUGGGAACGCAGAGACGGGAGAGCUUCUUGCUCUCAAGAAACUCGGCGCACGGCCCGUUAGCACAACUGUUGGCAAUCAAAAUUUGUUCAAAAACUUUCAAGAAGCUCUCAAACAGGAAUCUCGCAAAGAAGGCAUUGAUGAAGAGCUUGCCAAGCUCCAGAAACAGGUCAAAGAAGACCAGAAAAAGUUUGCUGAGUCAGAAAGAUACAAGAAACUUAAAAAAGAGACAGCAAGCGGUGUUGAAUCAUUAGGUGACAAAGCGGAAGAAUUUGCAAAGAAAAUGGAAGACUCAAAAUAUGGAGAGACGCUCAAAAAAGCAUCCUCUUCAGUUGGAAAUAUUGGCGAAACAUUUACGAAAACCUUCGAAAAUAUCAAAAAUAUCGAGUUCACAGAAAAACAAUCCCCAGAAGAACGUAUGGAGGUUUUCACAGAUGCUUAUGUAUCACCAAAUUACACGCCAGUACCUAUCAGAAUGAGAAAAGAAGUAAAAUAUCGUGACGUCAGCUUCGAUGCAGAUACAGAGGCAGAGGGCGUCACUGUUCAUAAGGACUGGAGCUUAUACGAAAGAUACAAGGAGUCCGCCAUGGGCCAGCGUAUGGAAGAUCUUGGAACUAGAAUUAAUGCCUCUGAAAACGCAAUGGUUCGAGGCUUCGCUAUUCUCGGGCAGAGGACUGGUGGAAUGAUGAGAAAACUUACAUCGAACAGCUAUAAUGACACGAUCAAGGCUAUUCGACAAGUGGACAAGAAAUUCGACCAAGAAGCCUUCGUGCACUUUUUGGAAACCGAAAUGAUCCCAAUCAUUCUCGAAGCAAAAGCUAUCAACGACGUGGACGUAAUUGAAGAUUGGUGCUUUGAUGCUCCAGCUCAGCGAUUUGCGAUCAAGCAUCGAGAGCAAGCAAAGAACAAAAUCACUUAUUAUGAAAAAACGAUCAACCUUCAAAAGCUCGAGAUUUUGGAUGGAACCGUUCAUGAUAACAUGCCUGCCUUCCAGAUCUCCUUCGAGACGAACACGCUGAUGGCGUACACGGACAAGGAUGGAAAUGUUAUUGAGCAAGAAGGCUACCCAAAGCCCGAUGAAGUUUAUAAAUCGUACCACGUUUGGUCAGUCUGUAGAGAUCCAAUGGAGCCCGAGCCGUCCGCUGCCUGGAGAGUGCUAGAAUGUGAAACUAUGGACCAGAAACUGGCCUUUUGA